AUGGCUGCCAUGUCUCCGUUUCGCCGCUUUCUUCCCGCGGCGAUAUUAGUAUUCUGUACAUCCACAGCCUUUGCUUCAGAUGCUUCGAGCUCAACCGUCUGUGUCAUAGGCGCCGGAAUCGCCUCAGCAUCAUUAUCCCACUUCCUCACCAAAACGCCCUUGCAACCAUCUCCGCGGAUACUAGUCUUCGAACGGUCUGCCCAAGUAGGCGGCCGCAUUGGCACGGUCCAUUUCCCCAUAACCGCCGAUCGCACAGUGAAGAUCGAGUCCGGCGCCUCCAUCAUCGCCGGAAGCAACCAGCUCAUGCGCUACUUUGUCCAAUUUCUCGACCUGCAAGCCGCGCCCCCGCGACGUGGCACGCUCGGUCUAUGGGACGGAAGCUCCUUGGUACUGCGCACGUCUGCCAAUUCAAAGAUGCGAGACUCUAUCAGCUUUGUCCAGCGCUACGGACGCGCCCUUUUUCGCAUGCGCCGCUUCGUGAGCACCCUGCUCUCAGACUAUGCAAAAAUUUACCCACUUGGGGGACCGGGUGCAGAGUGGCCCCCGUGCGAGACUAUGCAACAGCUUUUUGAGCCUUGCCACGGCCUGUAUAACCGAAGCCAGAUGGCGUUUUCAGAAGUCGUGGAGCAGCUCUUUAGCGCUCGUCUGGGGUCAGAAUUAAUAGCCGCGAUCACUAGAGUCAAUUAUGGCCAGGAUCCGGCAGAGAUGAACGGCUUUUCAGGCGCUGUGGGUUUGGCUGGUUCCGGAGCUGAUCUUUGGGCCGUCGACGGUGGGAAUGUGCAGAUCGUGGAGCAGUUGUUAAAGCGGUCUAAAGCUGAAGUUCUUCUCAACACAAAGAUUGAAACGGUCACGUCGACGAAGGUGGACGGGAAAAACAGGCUCAAGUUAGAAUCAGAGAGGGACAGUUGGUUGUGUGACAUUGUGGUAUUAGCAGCCCCUUACGAGACCGCUGACGUCAAGUUUCCUGAAGCGCUGGCAAAGUCCUUGUCCGUCGAUAGGGAAUUUCAGAGAACGCAUGCCACGUUUGUACGCGGGUACCUAAACUCAAAGACGUUUGGCUCAGACCCUCCGGAUGCGAUCCUGACCACCGAGGGUGUUUCCGAACCGUUCACGUCAGUCGGCAUAGUUUGGCAUGACGUCGACGGGAAAGAACCGCCUAUUUUCAAGGUUUUUAGCAAGACAAAACUCACGGCGCCCUCUCUGGCCAGGAUAUUUCAACGAGGGUCAAAAAAGUUGGCGCAAUUCCCAUGGUUGGCGUACCCGAAGUUUAACGUCCCAGAACGUUUUCCCAUGUUUUCGCACAAUCUGCCAGGUGGAGAUGUUAUUUACACUUCUCCGGUGGAAUCAGCUGGCUCUGCGAUGGAAAUGAGUGCUGUUUCCGGCGCCAAUGCCGCUUCCCUGAUAAAACAAAAGCUUCGCUUAGAGCCGGAACCUGCACAAGAAGAGAGCGCAAAGGACGAACUAUGA